UAGCGCGGCGAGGGCGGAGGAGCGUGGGGGGAGGCUUCGCGUCGACGGGACGGGAGGGAGAAGAGGGGGGAGGAGGAGCGGGAAUCGCGUGAUCCGCCGAAACCCUAGGUGGUGUGGGGUGGAGGGGCUGCGAUUUGGAGGAGAGUGGUGGCGGCGGAUGCUGUCGGUGCGGGGGCGGCAGGAGGGGUUCCGCGGUGGCUCCGGCGCCGGCGCGAUGGACCACGACGUCGAGCUGGAGGAGGGGGAGGCCUGCCCCGACGACGACGGCACGGUCGGGUGCGUCGACCCCGACGUCGAGCUCUCCUACAUCGAUGAAAAGCUUCAGCAUGUUCUUGGACAUUUUCAGAAAGACUUUGAAGGAGGAGUAUCCGCAGAGAACCUAGGGUCAAAAUUUGGUGGAUAUGGUUCAUUUUUGCCCACAUACCAGCGGUCACCCCCACCUUUGCCUCAAAGUAGAAGCCCACCCAAGGUGGCAAACAUUGGCAUCUCAAGAUCACCUUACCGACAAUCUACUGAGAGCAUGGAUCAAUAUCCUUCAACUGUUGCAAUGGAAUCUAUCUCCCGAAAUAAUGGAUCCACUGCACCUCCUUCUGGUGAUUUAUGUAAAAAGGAAAUCUGCUCAAGCACAAACGGCGAGAAGGACUCUGUAGCCUGUUCUGAUUCCUUGGACAGCUCAUUUAAUGGUAGUGACCAGAAGACACUCAAAGUUCGGCUCAAAGUUAGUUCCACUAAUACUUUGACAAGAAAGAAUGCAGCUAUCUACAGUGGCCUAGGCCUUGAUAUUUCUUCAUCUUCAUCCAUGGAAGGAAGUCCUGAUGGUAUUGAGGCUCAAUCUCCAGAGUUUAGUAACAUGCCAUAUGAAUCUCCUCGGACAAUCCUCCAGAUCAUGACAUACUUUUCAGUUCCUGGAGGGUUCUUGCUGUCACCUCUGCAUGGAAACAUUUUGAAAUUGACGAAUAAGGUCACCCCGUUGGUAAACAAAUGGGAAACUAAUAUGGACUUACAAAAUGUACCUAGAGCAGUUGAUGGGCAUUCAGAGCAUUCUCUUUCAUCAGGACAUGUUAAAGGCCAUGUGGCUAAGAAAAUGAAGCAUGAUGGCAAGAAAAAGAAGUCCAUAGAUACAAAGACUAGAAAAGAUACAAAUAGUACUAGUGCAAUAGCUGGCAAGGAGGCUAAUGUAGAAAUACCUUCCAGCGAUGUGAUUUUAUCAGACACACAUAAUAUACCUGGUUCGUCUGGUGUCCCGACUACAGAGUUAAAAGGUGUGAGUCAAUUUACAGAAAAAUCAAUUAAAGAUGCUCGCUCGAAACAACAAAUAGUCUGCAAUGACCUGGGAACAGUUAAAAGUGGAGCAGUCAAAAUAGAGGCAACAAAGCAUGGAGAAGAAAACAGUAGUUUUGACAGUUCAGGAAAUGGUUCUGUACUACCAAGGGGUAAAGUAAACCUUGCAGCAAGCAAAGUGGACAGGACUUCAGAAGACUUGAAUAUAACUAGUCACAGAGAUUCUCCAUAUGAUAGGAAGAAAGAAAGCAAAGUGAAACCUAUGAGAACAUUUGAGCCUGCCAUGGUUGAUUUUGAAGGCAAUGACGACAAGGACUGGGAUGCUGGGCCAUCAGGUCCAUCAGAUAAUUUGAAGAUAAUUCCUGGUAACAAAACCUUUGCCAGUGACAGAACUGCGGAUGGUAACUCCAGAUCUGAGGUCAAACGAUUGCAGAAGGAUCACAAAGCUAAUUCUCCAGCACCAUCUAAUCUCAUAGAGGAUGGCAUUUGUACUCAUUCUUCUGUAGCACUUAAUGAUGGGAAAAUUGAUUCUCAUUCCAAAUCUAAUCAUUUUGAAAAUAAAUCCAAAGCAAGAUCUCAUAAAGAUCUUAGUGAAACUCUGCCUAAGAGAUAUAUGGGAAACAAGGAAGAAGCUUCAUUGGAUAACAUAAGUGUUCAGGGUCGACAGAAAGAGAAGAUGAUGGACAGUGAUAAUGAGAAGGAAUUUCAUAUAGCUGGGCCAGCAAAAAAGGAGAUCCCUUCCACUGUAAAGCAUGGCAUAUUUCCAGGUUCAGAGGAACAACAGUUGCAUCUGCCGUCAAAUGGUGGGAUAAUACCCUCAAAUGCAGCUUCUCUUCCUGCACCUGUUGUGAUAGAGGAUAAGUGGGUAUGCUGUGACUUGUGCCAUAAAUGGCGUCUCCUUCCCUAUGGGACAAACACUUCCAUGCUUCCAGAAAAGUGGAAAUGCAGCAUGCUUGACUGGCUACCUGGGAUGAACAGGUGUGACAUUAGUGAGGAUGAAACAACAAAUGCUCUAAAUGCACUCUAUGUCACUCAAAUCCCUGCCACUGGUAUUUCUUCAGGUGGCCCUCACACUGGGCAUGCAGGUGCAGCAGCAUCUAGCACCUACAAUAUAAUUGGACAACUUGGACAGAAUAGGAAAAGGAAGAAUGCUCUGAAAGAUGAAAACUGUCUAGUUGAGAAUUCUUACCUUCCUGCCCCAGCAUCAGUGACUAUCAUGAGCAAUCAACGAGCUCCUGCAAAAAAUAAGGAAGUUGUUGAUAGUGAACGUUAUCCCAAUGACAGUGAUUUUGUAAGAAGACAUGAGCUGGGGCCAGUGAGCAAAUCAGCUGACCAUUUUGCUGAAAAGCAGAAGUCUAAGCACAAGAGUCGCAGUAGCCACUUUGAUGGAGAUCUUACGGAAAAAUCGAAGAAGCAUUCAAAAUCUAAAAACAGAAGAGGAAAUGAUCGAGAGGAGCACAAAACAUCCAAGAAAACAAAAAAGGAUGAUCGACAUUACUUUGACAAAGAUUGGGAAAAUCAAUACGAUUUAGCUGGCAACGAAGUUCAUGGUGAAACCAAGGCUUUUGCUGCAAAAGUGAAAACGUUAAAGGACUCUUGUGAACGAGGUGAGUUUUCUUUACAGCAGGAAAAAGCUUCAAGGUAUGAUAUUUUGGAAAAACCCAAGAGAAAUAAUGACAAUGAUGUAGGCUUUCAUGAGAAGAUGAAAGAACCACAUGCAGAUACAGAAACAUUAGAUUUGUCUGGCAAAAAGAAGAUAGUGAAGGAAUGGGAAGAUAGCCGGCUCAGUUCAAUGGACCACACAAGCAAAGGGGCCGAGAAUGAGAAUUUGGAGAGAAUGUCAAAAAUAAAGAAGUUUGAAGCUAGGCCUGGAGAAGUUCGGGAUGCAAAUGCAUUAUUGUCUUCUGCUGGGGGGCGUCUUAAUAAUGAGCUAGUUGCUGACAACAAAUUUGUUACUUGUAAAGAAAGUCCAUCAGAACCAUGGGAAAAUCAACCUCCCAGACAGGUUUUGAACUUGACGGAACCCACUAGGAGGGAUGUUGCCUGUCAUAAGUCUUCUACCGUUGCAACUUCAAGCUCUUCAAAGGUCUCAAGCUCUCGGAGAAACAAAAAUUCUCAAGAAACAAAGGGCUCUCCAGUUGAAUCAGUAUCUUCAUCACCGGUGAAAAAUCUAACCAUCGAUAAGAUUUCUAAGGCCAGGGACACUGGAAAAGAUGGAGCAUUGAAUGCUGAUUCAAGCGUCAUGCGUACCCCAGUGAAAUAUCCAAGCAACGAAGUUGGUUUCUUACAUACUGGGAAGCAAGCUAAGAAUACUGAGAGCAAAGCUACAGGUGAUGCCAUUUUGCGUGAUUAUUUGCAAGGGUGUUCUGAUGGUAAUAACAAGAGAGACCUGUCAACCCAAGCUCAAAUUUCUGAUUUCAUUCAUUUGGAAAAGUCUAUGGAUAGCAGUAGGCCAAAGGCAUCAGGGAGAAUGGACCUUGCUGCAAAUAACUCUGGUGUGGGGAGCGGAGAUAAUCAAUUGUAUCCUGGUGAUAAGAAGAUCUUGGAUACACAUAGCCCUACACUGCAACCUGAUCAGCGGGCUCUUUUUAACCAAAGGGCCACAGCUGAUUCCACUGGACAUAAAAGUAAGAACAGUACUCUUUCUCGCCAAGGUAGAAAUGGAUCCAGUAACUUGAUUUCAGAUGGAAAUAAGCAGAUUGAGAUGUCAUCCAGAAAAGAGAAAUCACGUCCUAGAAUUGAUAAUCAAGACAUGCAAAAGCCUAUUGGUCAAGAUAUUCAUUCUCAUCGGAAAGAAGGCAAAUUAGAGGUUCACACCUCUAGAGCAAAAUCAGAUGCUUCAAAAAACAGCACACAAUCAAGGCCCAAUGUUGAGAAUGGAGUGCAGCAUGGAACUAUGGGGCAAGCAGUUUCAAAUCCUUCAGAUUCUACAAGUCCAAUUAGGAGGGAUGGUAAUAUGGUUGCCUUUGCGCUCAAGGAAGCUCGGGAUCUAAAACACAAGGCUAAUCAUUUGAAGGAUAAAGGACUUGAACUUGAAAGUAUGGGCCUAUACUUUGAGGCAGCUUUGAAGUUUCUGCAUGUUGCAUCUCUUUUGGAAACUCCUAAUCUGGACAAUUCAAGAUCAGGUGAUGCUGCUCAGUCAAUGAAGAUGUAUUCAGAAACUGCAAAACUCUGCAGCUUUUGCGCUCAUGCUUAUGAACGAUGCAAGAAAAUGGCUUCUGCCGCUUUAGCAUAUAAAUGUGUAGAAGUGGCUUACCUCAAAGCAGCAUACUACAAGCACCCUAGUGCAAACAAAGAUCGACAAGAACUGCAGUCAGUUUUACAGACAGGUCCUGGUGAAUCUCCAUCGUCGUCUGCUUCAGAUAUUGAUAAUUUAAAUAGCCAUGGGUUGUCUAAGGUUCCUUCAACCAAGGAUGGAAAUUCACCCCAAGUGGCCGGCAACCAUUUGCCACUAGCUGUUCGUAACCAAGCACACUUAUUGAGGCUACUUGCCUAUACAAAUGAUAUCAAUUGUGCAUUCGAUGCAACUCGGAAAUCACAGGUUGCUAUUGCUUCUGCUGUUGGUAGUCUGCAAAGGGAAAAAGUUGUGGAUGAUGGUCUUGCUUCAGUAAGAACAGUUUUAGAUUUUAACUUCAACAAUGUCAAUGAACUACUGAGACUUGUCCGGCUUUCUAUGGAGUCGAUCAGUAGCUGAUACUUUCAGAAAUCAGAAUUGCAGGAAAUGACACCCCGUGAUUAGCUAUUGUUGGAAUGCCUGGCUGCAGUUACGUCAGUAUACUUAUACAGCACAAAAGAUAUGGGUCCUACUAAGUCUGCUGUGAGCUCAGUAGGAACUGGGACUGCCUUUCCUGGUUUAUGUACAUUUGGAGGCAUCCAGCGCUUUUUCAUACAAUUUGGAGUAUCUACUUUGGAUUGAUCUUGUAUGUUUUGGAGGCAUUCAGUGUUUUUUUUACAGUUUGGAGCAUUUUCUUUGGAUUUAUCUGUUCAUUUUGGAAGCAUCAGCUGCUGCUUUAUACAAUUUAGAGCAUCUGCCUUGGCAGUUGGUACGCAGUUACUGUGUGAACGGAUCCAGCUGAGGUAGAACAGAUUCUCAUGUGUGAUGGUUUGAACUCUGGCAACUAUUCUACUGUAGGUAGACAAAGGUGUUGUAAUUGGGAACAUAUGGGAUAGCAAGCACUCCCUCGCCAUGUUUCUGUAGAUCAUAUGAAUCUUUGACUGGGGCUUACUUGUACUAACUUCGAAGCAGUACUGCAGCACUUUUUUUAUUGAUGUGCGGGGCACAGAUGAUGUGCCAGCACUCAAACAAUUUUCAAAUGGGGGGAGGAGAGGGAAAUUGGCAGUAAUAACCAAGAUAAAUGUUCUGCGUCUCAUGUAGCCUUGUGGGCGAGACCUCAAGCAGGUUAGCAAAUGGAACAGUUUGGAAGCAUGGUGGACAAUGAAUUCUACUAACCCUGUAAAUCUCAUGUAUAGUAGAUUAGCCUGACACCAAAGAGAUUGUUUCCAUGUGUUCCUGUGCAACACAAGUCACAAACCUGUAGAUAUUAUUUAUUUGCAAUUCUCGUCAGCUCCUAAAUACUGUUCAUGAUAUGUCAGGACUAGGGUGAGCAUUUGCAGCGUAAAUAUUAUACAUGCAUUUUAUGCACUAAUGAUGUGCCUGAUCAAAUUUGUAAAAUUCUUGCCCUAAAUAUUCCUUUUGUUGUUCUUUGUUACGCACUAUAGGCGAGUUCAGCAGCCAAAAAAAAGUUUCGCCUGCU